CUCUACGAGAAAACUAAAUCUAUCAGGAAUUACAAAAUUGAAUCGAUCCGACCGAGUUUCGCUUGUAAUCAAACUUUGAACAUAUGGAGUAAAACAUCAUGCAGUCACUUGAGGGGCAUGGCUUUUUUCUGAAGAACGUCAAUAUGCAUGAGCCCGCCUAAUUGUCUUUGAAUUGUUUAUAUAGGCAAAUGCCUUUUGCGUCAACGUAAAAUCUAUUGCUCAAGCAAACGCGCUUGUUUCCGCUGGUUAAUGCGGAUUUCCCUUCGACUGCUAACUGCGUUACCUUCACCAAUAGCUGCCAUUGGACCGUUCAUUUCCUGUGUUGCAGUUUUGUGACGACUCGUGGAUUAAAUUUCAGUUCAUAUUUGCCAUAAAUUUUCGCUUGUAAAAGCCAACAGCAGUUUGAGACGAAAGUCUUUCGAGCGGCCAUUUUGCGGGUGUUUGGAAUUAGUGAAAGAAUCGAGGAGCAGUUUGUAAAAGUACUGAAUUCAGCGAUGCGUCGAAGUCAACCGUAUAUUCUUUUUGUCUUCGUAUUCAUUUUACACUUUUUAUUCGCUACAGUUGAAACAUCAACAACAUUAUUUACCUCAUCGGCUGCGGCAAAUAACGCAUCAUUAACCUCAGCGGCUACGGCAAAUAACACAUUAUUUACCUCAUCGGCUGCGGCAAAUAACGGUGAGCCGAGUUCUACAAGUUUGAUAUCAUCAACUGCAGUUUCAUCAGGUUCCACCGCAGUUGUUACAUCCUCGAGCAUAGCAACAACAGCACCAACGACGACUCCAACAAGUUCAACUAAAGGAACAGAAUUCUGGGAUAAAGCCAUUGACCUGGCCACACCCUUUGGUACAUUUAUAAUUGUGUUGGCCGCCGUCGCUUUGAUGCUUAUAUUCCUCAUCGCGUGUAUCUGCAUCAGCUGCAAGUAUACGAAGCUCAAGAAGAAAACUGAUCUAAACUUCCCAGGGCGCGGCAUGGCGAUAAAUGAUUCCGAUUGGAUACGAAGCAACGAUGAUCUUUUAAUGUGGGAACGAAAUUUGCGCGCUUCGGAAGUGAAAACAUCAAAUGGUAUUUCUAACAGGCCAUACAACGACAAACGAGCGUGAAGCGGGUCUAGUAGCAACACUGAGGGCAGUAGAAAGAAAAAAACUAAGAAAACUGAGUCUUCAGUGGAAGCCAAGAAAAUCAACAAGCCUCCAAAGUUUUUGUUUGGAUGUAUGCGGACAGUUAGGUCAAUGUGUGUUUGUUUGUAUCUUAAAGCUUUCUUUCAGAGUUUCAUAUUUUCUCAACCAUUCAAGUGUCAUUUUGAAGAAUUGUCGAUAUUAUUUUACGGGUAUACAGUAACUCCUUUGUAUAGAGCUUCGUUCGAAAAUUUACUUUUCCAUAUUUAACAAUUUUCACCGAAGUGGACGGAGAUUAUCCACCACUUUCACUGACACUGAGGUGACGAAUUGGUUCAGUAUAUACCACAAAAAAACCACACAACUAGUUUAUUUCUGUCAAUAUGACGAAAAAUGGUCGGGAAUAAAACUCUUGACGCGCGAUUUUGUCUCUUUGGCUGCUCAAAGGUGAAUGGUUCUUGCUACUCACUUCUGAACCAGCCAAUCAGCGCGCGCAGGAAUUAUAUAUUCUUUGAUUCUCGAGGUCUUUCCUGUUGAUUCGGAUUUAUUUUAUGUUUAGAAUAUAACUAUAUUUUGCCCUUUUAUCACAAUAGUGAUACAUAAUUAGCAAAGUAAUACAUAGUCGUUAACUUUAAUCUUGAGGUCACAGAAUUAGGGCAUUUCCAUUGAUAAGUUCUGGGCUUAACUGAAAGAAAAGAUUCUAGCUUCCGAUGUAAAUGGCUCUCGAACUCCAAAACUUAAAAUAUACUUUCUUGUGUGCUUCCAAUACCAAAGGAAUUAUAGAAUUUUUUUGUAGAAUUAUAGAAUUUUUUUUGCAGUCGAAAGUCGCUAGCGUUUCGCGAGUAUUCCACGAAGAAGCGACAAAACUGACAGGCAUUGCACAAAGGUUGGGAUCAGUUUUUCUCAGAACUAGUCAAAUCAGCUUCAAGAAGAGAACUGUUCCAUUCAUUUACACUAACAGGAUGGCCUAACCGAUCAUUUCUGUUUAAAAAAAAGCGCCAUUUGAUUCUAAAGAGAAGUUAUGUUGCCUAGCAACUCUGUCGGUUGGGUAGUCAAUAGCAGAAUUAGAGAUAUUUAUUUUAUAUCAUUACAGUAACAAUUUUCGUUGCCAGUCUGGCAGUAGCAUAUUGAUGAUAAUGGGAACCGUAUUUUGUAAAUAACUAAUAGAGUUUUCGCGUUGUAUCGAUGCAGAGUAUUGGUCCUUUUAUGGUGUGCUCUUGAGAGAUUAAGAAGGGUGGUAUCAUUGUAACAAUGUCGUCGUUAUCAUAGUAACCAUAUCGUCGGUAUCAUUGUAACAAUAUCGUCGGUAUCAUUGUAGCAUUGCUUAUCCGGAUUAGUACGCUAAGGGAGAAUUGUAAUCAUGAUGAGUACUUGAAAAAAAAAAAAUAUACAAAACCACCAGAUCUCAAUAAACGCAUAUAGAUAAUGAGCAUUUAGGCUUAGAACUACGCAUUCGUUGGGUCAAAACGGCUUUUUCUAAGAUUUGUCAAAUUUAUCGGCAAUUAUUACUUUGAGUGAACGUAAUUUUAGUUGCCGAUAUUGCCGAAAAAAGACUGUAUCUAGUUACAGCCUUUACUUAACUUGAAACGUUAAGUAAGGAGGCGGCGUGGCCGAGUGGUUAGGGUGAUAAACUUGUAAUCCGGUGUCCCGGGUUCAAAUCGUCCACCCUGCCCCUGCCCCUGCCCAACAGGAUUUGCUCUUGGUUGCUCCUAGUUCAACUCCUCGGAUGCGCUCUGUAAAUAGCCCACUGGUCUGCCUCCUGCCAGUGGGGAUUUUAAAGCACUUAGUUACAUUACAUUGUGGCUGAGAAGCCUUUACGGGGGAACCUCAAAUAACCUAUAUUAUUAUAUUGUAUUAAACGUUUGCUUUGGUUCUGAACCUUUUACCUUUAAAAUGAAAUUUUAGCUGAGUAGCUAUUGUGGUUUGAUUAAAAUUUCCCCCUUUGUAUACCUUAAAGCGAACUCGAUUUCCUUUAAGUAGUCAAUGAAAGCAAACUGAUAUUUUAUCGUUUAUUUGACCGAGAACGAGUUUCUGUCAUGAAACGUUGUAACCGCUUUUCACUCUCUUGAAUCUGAAAAAUGUUGAGAGAAGUAAAGUUGUCUUGUCUUUCCCGCUUGUAGUUACCUCUUGAAGACUUCUACCUUUGUAUUUGGUUGCCUUUUGAGUUGUAAAGGUUUUUUUAUAGUGGGUCAGAAUUUCGUAAUAAAACAAUAUAGUACUCA